AUGGCACCUUCAAUUGUCAAAGAAUUCACCACUUCUGAUCCCGUCUCUACCAAGUCGAAGAGCGCGGUGUUCAACCAUAACCAUGUUCAAAAGCCAGUCGCCGAUGACUUCAUGUACGACUUCAAAUACAACCACAGUCUCCCCACUACCGAUACCCUAGGCGUUCAGAUUCCCACAGAUUGCGACGCUCAGAAGGAGGCCGAGGGUAUCGUAGCUCGUAUCUCUACAGCGACAUCAACAGGAGAUGCGCAAGCUUUCGCUGAUCUGUUCCUUAACUCUGGCGUGUGGCGUGACAAACUCUCGUUUACUUGGGACUUCCGCACAUUUAACUUCAAAGAAGCCAUCUUGAAAGCCGCUACCGACCUUUUACCGCAAACAAAGGCUAGAAAUUUCAACUUCCUUGAGCCUGCGCCUUCGGUGUCUCGCCCCUACCCCGACUUCUCUCAGCUGCAAUUUGUUGUAUCAUUUGAGACUGAGAUUGUCCUUGCUUCAGCCGUCAUCAAUGCAGUCCUCGCCCAAGAUGGCUGGAAAAUUUACACCAUGCAUACUGUUGCCGAGAGUCUCAAACAAUUCCCCGAGCAGUCCGCACCAGAUGGACACAUGACUGGUAUAACUAGCUGGGAGAGUCAAAGAUCCGAAGCUAUCAACACUGCCAACCCCGAGGUACUGAUUAUUGGUGGUGGCCAAAAUGGUCUCGCCAUGGCAGCCCGCCUGAAAGUUCUCGGCAUGGACAACCUGAUCAUCGAAAAGAACGAGGAAAUCGGCGAUAUCUGGAAGAAGCGCUACGAAUACCUUUCACUCCACUUCCCGCACUGGCCCGAUGCCCUCCCAUACUUCAAAUAUCCCCAGCACUGGCCCACAUACACCCCUGCACAGAAACAAGGCCUAUACAUCAAGUGGUACGCCUCCGCUCUGGAGCUCAACGUCUGGACCAAAUCAGAGGUUGUCAAGGCCGAGCAAGACGCCGAGGGUAGAUGGACUGUCAUAAUCAACAAGGAGGGUAAAGAGACCCGCACACUACACCCCAAGCAGCUCAUCAUGGCCACAUCGCUAUGCGGUCUGCCCUCCACCCCGAACGUCCCCGGCAUGUCCGACUUCCGCGGCGUAAUCCGCCACUCUAGCGCCCACUCUAGCGCCCGUGACUUCGUUGGCAAGAAGGUCUGUGUCGUCGGCACCUCGUCCUCGGGCUUUGACACGGCAUACGAAUGCGCUCGUCUAGGCAUCGAUGUCACCCUCCUCCAGCGCUCGCCCACGUACGUCAUGUCUUUAACCCACUCGGUCCCGCGUAUGCUUGGAGGCUAUGCGCCAGAUGAGAACGGCAACCUCCCCGAUACGACGGUGCAGGACCGUCUCAUGUUCUCGACGCCAGUUGGGCCCGGCGAGGAACUUGCAAAGCGCAUGGCCAAGGUUCUCGAGGGUCUUGAUAGGCCUUUGCUUGAAGCUCUCAAUGCUCGGGGUCUGCGGACUUGGCGUGGUCAGCGUGAUACGGGUAACUCUACACUGGGACAGACGCGGAACGGUGGAUUUUACUUUGAUGCCGGUGCCUGUGGUGAGAUUAUCAAUGGGAACAUCAAGGUGGAGCCGGGCUUUAUUGAGAAAUUCACUGAAGAUAAGGUGGUCUUGAAUGGUGGCCGUGAGAAGGAGUUUGAUCUUGUUGUCUUUGCGACUGGGUUCUCAAACACCAUUGACUCCAUUCGAGCUACACUUGGUGAAAAGAUUGCUAGCCAGUGUGGGCCUGUUUGGGGCAUUGAUGAGGAGGGCGAGUAUAAGACGGCCUAUAAGGAGACUGGAGUGCCUAAUAUGUGGAUCAUGGUUGGCUUCCUUCCAAUGACCCGGUAUGCCUCCAAACUACUGGCUUUGCGACUGAAGGCUCUAAAGGAGGGAAUUUCUCCAGCUCCUUAUAAAUUUUAG